GGGUGCGCGGCGGGGCGGGGAGCGUGGCGCGGCCAGGGCGCUUGGCCCCUCCUGGCUGGGGCUGCGCGCACGGCCGCCUGGCGCCCUUCCAGCGCGGCGCACUCACGCGGGCGGCCGAGGAGGAGGCUCCAGCCUGACUGACGCCUCUGGAGCCGCUGUCUCGGUCCCGCCGCCGCCCGGCCGACCCUGCAGCUACCGCGCAACCGGAGUGCGCGGGGGGCACGCGUGGCACCUCUCGGACAGAGGCUUCCUCAAUGAAAAGGUCUCUGCUUAUUGGACUAAGGGCUGGAUUGAAGCCUUAAAAUUCUGCUCCGUGGUCACUGUGUGACCUCUGAAGUUAUCGAGAAUUCACAGUGAGGUCAGACUUGAAGAACGAGGCUUCUCAGACCCUCAGUAUAUCAGAGAAGGAUGCCAGUCCCUGAGUAUCACUCUCUUGAGUAAGCUGGCUCCACUUUCCAAGAGCUUUGGAAGACGUCAGCCCAUCUCCCAGUUUGAAUCGGACCCCACUGCUUCCAGAAGGAAAGGCAAGCUUGUUCCUAUGACAUCCGUGGACAGGUACUUGCCGCCGACCUGCCCGGGGCCCUGCAAGCCUUGAAAGGUCUCAUCCUCUUUCCCCGUGCAGCAGCCUGAGCUCUGCCUCCUAUGCACCCCAGCACCCCCAUCAGCUCCCUCUUCUCCUUCACCAGCCCCGCAGUGAAGCGGCUGCUGGGCUGGAAGCAGGGAGAUGAAGAGGAGAAGUGGGCAGAGAAGGCGGUGGACUCUUUGGUGAAGAAGUUAAAGAAGAAGAAAGGCGCCAUGGAUGAACUGGAGAGGGCGCUGAGCUGCCCGGGUCAGCCUAGCAAGUGUGUCACCAUCCCACGGUCCCUCGAUGGACGCCUCCAGGUGUCCCACCGAAAGGGGCUGCCCCACGUCAUCUACUGCCGCGUGUGGCGCUGGCCAGACCUGCAGUCCCAUCAUGAGCUGAAGCCCUUGGAGUGCUGUGAGUUCCCGUUCGGCUCCAAGCAGAAGGAGGUCUGCAUCAACCCAUACCAUUACCGCAGAGUGGAGACCCCAGUUCUGCCUCCAGUGCUGGUACCAAGACACAGCGAGUACAACCCUCAGCUCAGCCUCCUGGCCAAGUUCCGAAGUGCCUCGCUGCACAGCGAACCCCUCAUGCCGCACAACGCCACCUACCCUGACUCUUUCCAGCAGUCUCUCUGUCCGGCACCGCCCUCCUCGCCAGGCCAUGUGUUUCCGCAGUCUCCAUGCCCCACCAGCUACCCGCACUCCCCCGGAAGUCCUUCCGAGUCAGACAGUCCCUAUCAACACUCAGACUUCCGGCCAGUUUGCUACGAGGAACCCCAGCACUGGUGUUCUGUUGCCUACUACGAACUAAACAACCGGGUCGGAGAGACUUUCCAGGCGUCCUCGCGGAGCGUGCUCAUAGACGGCUUCACCGACCCUUCCAAUAACAGGAAUAGGUUCUGCCUUGGGCUUCUCUCAAAUGUAAACAGAAACUCGACCAUAGAAAACACCAGGAGGCACAUUGGAAAGGGUGUGCAUUUGUACUACGUUGGGGGCGAGGUGUAUGCGGAGUGCGUGAGCGACAGCAGCAUCUUUGUCCAGAGCCGGAACUGCAACUACCAGCACGGCUUCCACCCGGCCACCGUCUGCAAGAUCCCCAGCGGCUGCAGCCUCAAGGUCUUCAACAACCAGCUCUUCGCCCAGCUGCUCGCCCAGUCCGUGCACCACGGCUUUGAAGUGGUGUAUGAGCUGACGAAGAUGUGCACGAUUCGGAUGAGCUUUGUGAAGGGCUGGGGAGCAGAGUAUCAUCGCCAGGAUGUCACGAGCACCCCCUGCUGGAUCGAGAUCCAUCUUCAUGGACCGCUGCAGUGGUUGGAUAAGGUGCUCACUCAGAUGGGCUCCCCACACAACCCUAUCUCUUCAGUGUCUUAAGUCACGUCGUCAGCCACGUUGCCACAGAACAGACUCGGGCAGGGGCUUCCAUCGUGGCAACCGCAGCUAAUGCAGGGUUCCGGAUGCAGAUGUAAAUACACGUGUAACGCAUCCGAGUCACGUUUAUAUCACCGUUUGUUUUGUGCUACCUACUUAACCUGGGGCCAGUGCGGUGUGGUCGAAGAAGCGUGGUUUCUCUCUGAUGGGAGCCAAGUCUUCUGUGAGAGGGAAACAGCACGUGAGGGCGUCGGCAGGACUCAAGGCCACCGAGUCAGCUCAUCGUCACUCCACAGGAGGUUGUGCCCCACAUGGAAAACACAAAGCUGCUUACACAGAAGGAAUAGGAGCACUAGAGCAAAAUCAGUCACACACAAGUGGUUUUAAAAAGACCUCACUUGCAAUGUGAGUGUCAAGAAAGAAAACCAAGCUUGUCCAGGGACCUGUGAGAUAAAGCCACAGAAACUUUAUCUCCGAAGCUGAAAUACACAUAGCCAGGUACUGUGCUGACGGCAGGUACAUUCAACCAGAUCUAAACUGUGAUUGGAGAGGGAGAAACUGUGAAGCUUGGAGUCAGUGGCCUCAAUCUAAAACAAGCAAGCAGGCAGGCAGGCAGGCGGGCGGGCGGGCGGGCAGGCGGGUGGGCAGGCAGGCAAGCAAAGCCAAGGCUCUUAAGGGAAACCGGCCUGAGAGGAGGCUUGAUCCAGGGUUAGCCCAGAAUUCAGGCCCGGAAGCACAGGGAACUCCUGCGUCCACUCUGGAAGCCAUCUUCCCGUCUUCCCGUCCCUCCUGUCUGACCUUGCAGAUGGCUGCCUGCCCUGUGCACACUACAAACCCCGUGCAGAGAUGAAGCUGUAGACUGGAAGGUUGGGAGGGAAGUGCAGGCUAGGCAGGGCAUCCCUUGCCUCAUUUUUCCUCCUGGUGACAAAUAGCAAUUAGUGACAGAUGAUUCAAACAAGAGCAAAGCCUUGGGAAAGCUCGAGGCAUCUUUGGAUCUUAUUUAUGCAUCUCUCAGCCUGGCACCUAUGUUAAGUUAUUAGCUGGUUACAUCAGUGCAGCCUCUUCUAAAGCUAUUAAAUACCUGGAUAUAGCUUCCCAGGUGAAGUAGGAAUGUUUCAUAUGCCCUACAUUUUUUUAUUUUUAUGAGGAAACAGUGGUAGUGAAUAAUAAAGCAUCUUUAAAAAACACCUUAUGUGUAUAUAGACAUGCAUAUAUCAGCUCAUUCCCUCUGUUGGAUGAUAAGGGAAAUAUCCUCCAGACUUCAAGGUACAUGCCACUCAUUAGGCACCCCAUUGCUUCUAAGUUUACUUCAAGCCCUUUGAAAAGGAUUAUGUAGGAUGGCAUUUAUUGUUUAAAGGAUAGAGCUUCCAUAAUAUGAUAGAGAUAUUAUAUCGGAAACUCAUUUCGUCUCAAACUACCACUUAGAGUGUAUAAGAAAAAAAACCCAAGCAUGUCGAUUCAUUAAGUCUGUCUUGUGCAUUUGUGUGUACUGGGUACAGUGUCAGGUACCAGGGAAUCAAACGCACAUUAGAGGCAGUCCCCACCUCCAUAACGCCAGACAUCUAACGGUAAACCAUUUGCACAGACAUCAGGUCUCAGAACUUUAAAAACCCCACACAUGUGAAUCUUCUUGGGCUCGAAAAAUAACAUAAUCGAGUUCUGAACAAUAGUUAAGAACUCUAUUGUAAUAACUAUAUUGGGAUUUUAUGUCUCCUCAGAACACUUGAGUAAUUUAUCUUUUCAUAACUACUUCCAUUCCUAGCCACCCCACCUCCUGGAAUCCCUAUUUUUUUCUGAUAUUUCUCCUGGUUUCUUCCUUGGAAAAGCCAUGUGUACCCAUCUAAGGACACAAAGCAUUGUCCCAGAUUUCCCACCGCCCCUUUGAUCUCCUCACAAGUGGCCAAAUAUCCCUGGCAAUCUGUAGUUGUAAGAAACUAUUCAGGAGUAGGAGCUUCAGGGUGUAGUGGUACCGUGGUACCUGCCUUUGAUCUCAGCAGCAGGGAGACAGAGGCAGGUGGAUCCCUGUGAAUUCAGGCCUGACCUGGUCUAUAUAAGGAGUUACAGGACAGCCAGGGCUAUACACUGAAACCCUGUCUCAAAACAAAAGUAGAAGCUUAAAAACAAAACUAAAAACCAAACAAACAAGUAAACUACUUGGACUUCCUUGCAGUGUUAAGAAAUCAAAAUAUUGAAGCGUGUCUGAUUUCUUUGAGAAAGGAAUCAUGACCUAGGUUCAUAUGUAUAUUAUCAGAGAAUUUAGCUUUGAAGAGAUAUAAGUCCUAUGCUUGUAUAGCAGAGUCACAUUUUAAUGAAUUUUCCCCCUUUGGCUGUUAAGAGAUCUAAACGUAUCAUAACGUAAUCCUUGACUUCAACUCCUCUGAGUGACCAUGUGGCGAUCAUUCCAUGAAGCUGACAAGCAAACUUAUGCUGCGUAGGUUGUUUUACAGGGUGAAGGGGAAAGUGGGCAGCCAGGCCUUUGCACACUGCAAGUUGCCUCAGGCAGGGUCAGGCAAUGGAGAUCUGUAUCGGUUUGGCUUGCCCACAAGACCCAGAAUGUUUAUCACUGUGUACAAGUCAGUAUGUGUGAGUCUUAGCAAAAAUAAGACAUGAUCAGUUUGUUUCAGCUAAGUGAUUACAACUGUUUCAGAACUAAGAAGACACCACCUUGUUAACAUACACACUUCGGUGUUGUGUUGUAGAGUCAGCAAAACUCUCUAGCAUUUAGAAUAUUCUUUUCAUUGUGUUCUAAGGGUGGAGUUAUCCUCAUAACGACAACAGAAAGAAGAGUAGCAAAAUCAUUUUAUAAAAAUCGCUUGCUGGACUUUAAGCUCCUGCUUAAUGCUGAGUAUGUUCCAGAUAUUUCAUGUAUGUAUUUAAUAAAGUAAAAUAUACCAUGCAUUCCACAUCGUCUUACCUGCUAGAGUCAAGAGCCGAACUUUGCAAGGGUAGGUAACCCUCACAUAUGUUCAUAAUAAGUUCUUUUUUUGGGGGGAGAGGGAGGUUCAAGACAGGGUUUCUCUGUAUAGCCCUGGCUGUCCUGGAACUCGCUUUGUAGAACAGGCUGGCCUCAAACUCAGAAAUCUGCUUGCCUCUGCCUCCCGAGUGCUGGGAUUAAAGGCGUGCACCACCACGUCCGGCUCUCAUGAUAAAUUCGAAUGUAUAUAAAACAGACAGCCAAGAUUACUCUUUGAUUCCCAGAAGCCUUGCCUUCCUGAAAUGCCACACACCACACUUUGGUAGUCUGUGCUAGACAAUGAUACACCUUUUGGCUUAUUUUUCUUUCAAACUCUAGGAAAUACUUCUAUGUAUAUGAUCUAUGGCUCCUUAAGAUGCUUAAUCAUAAACUGUUCUACUUAGAAAAUGAGCUUUUUAAGAAGUCUUCAUGCUGUAAAAACUUUGGUGGCACUAUAACAAAAAAGACAUCUUCGAAUAUUUGGCAUUAAUGUGUAAUUUUAAUGAUACUUUGCAGAAUUUUUAGAGGUGUUUAACUACUGCUCCCCAGCUUAGCACCAGGACACACAACUCAAACCCUUUGUAUGGUAAAGCUGUUGUUAUUAAAAAGUGAAUUUAAUACACACUGUCGUUUGAGCAUCCUACCUUAGCAACUCAACAGCCACGUCCAUCAAGGAACAUGUCUAUAGGAAGAUGUUUAGCAUGUGAUGCUUAAAACACCUGGAUAUAUAGGGGAACUUUCACUAAAAACUCAUUUAUUUUUCAUAUGCCAUGAAAUAUGUUUAACUGAUUAAAAUGUUUUCUAAGAGAAGCUUGUGAAAUUGCAAAUGACUAUGAAGUGUUUACAAGCUGCUGUCUGCUUGUUUCCUCUGCCCCAGGAUGUCUCACUGAUCCUAAGGCUCACAGCUAUGAGCUGGCUGGGGUUCGGAAAGCCUCGCUCGGUAAGGGGCAGAGUCCGCAUAAUGUACAAUCUGUGUUCUGUUCAAGAAGACUGGGAGAUGCAUUUUAACCUGAGUAAUCCAUCCUCUUGUGGCUAAAAGUAUUUUAGCUUGUGGUUUAGCGGCUUGGUAUACAAGCUAAUAUUCUAUCAGAAAACAAAAACAGCAUUUCUAGGCACGCUGUGUAUAUGACAUGAUGAAAUGGGCACACUUGCACUUUGCUGCUGUUAAAAAUUGUACCAUAAAUGUAGUUACAAAAGCUACAAGUCUGAAACUAGUCUCCCUGUACCAAUGUUAAGGGGUUGGUUUGCUAACUCUGGAGGCGCUAGAGGAAAAUACAUUUUCUUUUUCUA